CCAUCAUCUCUUUGUUUUUUUGAAGUUUAUAAUUAUAAGUGCAAAAUAUAAAUAUUUUAUAGAGUACUAUUAUGAGUGGCGAGGCACAAUCCUAAUUCCGAACCGCUUAGAAUCUGUUGUAAUCCUGUACAUUCACUUCCAAGUUUUCAUGACAGAGUAUUCAUAAAGAUCCUUGAUUUCUUGAAAUAGAACCCAAGCAAAUUCCUCCAAUCUCUGCAAUGAGCAAUGAUCCUAAGAAACAAGAAAGUCACAAACAGCAGUCGUGUAGGGAUGUUUCGCUGGGUAAUGAGUUGUGGACGGAUGGACUAAUAUGUGCUUUUGAGUUCAUACGGGGUAAUAGAAAACCUCAUCAUUCAGGGACUGGCUUGAAAGUCGAGUCUUCGCAAGCUAGUGCUGUUGACAAGUCACAGAAUGGUGUAUAUGGAGAUACAGACGCUUAUGAUGUUGAUGCUCUAGACGAGCAAUCUCAGAGACGCGAGCAUCAUUUAGGCUGUUUUCAUCCGCGUGAGAGAUCUUUUGGGAAUUACUGGAUACCAAUCGGGUGGAAAAGGAUAUCUCAGCUACUUCAGACAUUGCAAGUUGAUGCUGUUUGGGCGUCCCAAUCUGUUGAGCUAGAUGAUGAGGAUGACGUGGCUGUAGCAGAUGUUGCAGCUCCUUACUGGGAGCGUCCUGUGGGCCCCACAUGGUGGUGCCAUGUGGAUGCAGGCUGCCCUUUUAUCAGUUCAUGGUUGAGCAACGCUCAGUGGCUGCAUCCUGCGAUCAGCACUGCAUUGAGAGACGAAAGCAAGUUGAUAAGCGAACGGAUGAAGCACCUUUUAUACGAGGUUCCUGUUAGAGUUGCUGGAGGGCUUCUGUUUGAGCUGUUAGGGCAGUCAGUCGGGGAUCCUAAUGCUGAUGAAGAUGACAUCCCGGUUGUCAUACGAUCUUGGCAAGCACAGAACUUCUUGUUGACUGCAUUGCAUGUCAAAGGCUCGUCUUCAAACAUUAACGUGUUGGGUGUUUCCGAAGUUCAGGAACUCCUUGCAGCUGGAUGUAGCAACACACCACGAACGAGUCAUGAAGUUAUAGCUCUACUUGCUUGCCGCCUUGCUCGCUGGGAUGACAGAUUGUUUCGCAAAUACAUUUUUGGGGCUGCUGAUGAGAUUGAAUUGAAGUUCAUGAAUAGGAGAACUUAUGAAGACAUGCAUAUGUUCAGCAUAAUUCUAAACCAAGAAAUUCGAAGACUUUCAACACAGGUAAUCAGAGUAAAAUGGUCUUUACACGCGAGGGAGGAGAUACUGUUCGAGCUUCUCCAACACAUUCGUGGCAAUGCUGCAAGAACUAUGCUUGAGGGCAUGAAAAAAAGCACAAGGCAAAUGAUUCAGGAACAAGAAGCAGUCCGAGGUCGUUUGUUUACAAUACAAGAUGUCAUGCAGAGCACUGUUCGUGCAUGUUUGCAGGAUCAGAGCCUCCACGUGCAGCAUAACCUUGGAGUUUUUGGAGGCUGCGGCCUAGUUCUCAGCAUCAUCACCGGGCUGUUUGGAAUAAAUGUGGAUGGGAUUCCAGGAUCUGGGGGUGCCCCUUAUGCAUUUGCCGUGUUCUCUGGUGGUCUUGUCUUGUUAGGAGCGGUGCUGAUAGGAAUCGGGCUGAUCUAUCUUGGACUGAAACGGCCGUUGACUGAAGAGAAGGCAGAGGUGAGGAAGCUGGAGCUUCAAGAACUGGUGAAGAUGUUUCAGAAGGAAGCUGAAUCUCAUGCUCAAGUGAGAAAGAACUCCAAAACAUCUUCUAAUGCUGCAGAGAUAUUUGUUAAUGGCACGAGCUUGCCAGAAGAGGAGCCGAUGACAUUCGAACAAAGGGAUGUGGCCCUUCUCCCUGGGCCGCAGUAGGCAAGGUCUUGAAGGCCAAAGAUGACCGAUGAUGAGAGCGCGAGAAAGCUGCAAAGGCGCAACCCACACAUCGAUGAGUUGCGGUGCACGUCGAUGAGUCGCGGUGCCUUGACAGCAAAUUGAUGGAUCAAUUAGUGACCGGAGAAGUCUCACCGAUAGGAAGUGAAUAGGCGUCGGAGGGAUGAGAAGAGACCGUCGGAGGACAUGUUAUCGGAAAAACCCAAAAUUAAGCUUUGGACUGCAAAUUAAAUUCAAUCAAACAAGAAUUGGCUCUUACGAGCAAAAACUGUCUAGAUUAGUUCCUCGACAAGAGUCAAAACUGUCUAGAUUAGCUCCUCGACA